GGCUGAGGCCACUGCAGCGUCCCCUCCCUUCCCGCCCCACCCGCAGGUCCAGAUUCCAGAGCCCCACUGCAGCUUCCCAACCAGUCUCCCCUUUUUCUUCUCCACUUCCUGGUUACCAUGGAGACACACGUCAUUUACGUGCCGUGCGUCGCCUUGGAAACAGAGGAGCAUCCGCGGCAGCGCUGGGAGACCCGCCCCUGCCGCUCCAGCCUCACUCGCGGGUGCUGCCAGUUAAUGGCCUGGGGGAGUCCCGAGCCCGACGCGCUGCUGGCAUCAGCGGCGACCCGGGCCCCUCCGCCAGCGCCUCUGUGACCCAGGAAACCGGCGGGCACUCGCUGCUUGUGGCGCCCGCGGGGCGGCGCUGACACGGGUGCAACCCAGGAGGCGAGGCAGGGCAGGGCACCGUCGUCCCGGGGCGAGCCCAAGAGACGCCGGCUCUGGGACCCGCACCGGGUCCUCGUCCCGCCGCCUCUCCCCGGCCUCCCCCGAUCCUGCCUCCACCCGGGACUCUUCUCACGUCGGCUCCCCGCCCCUCUCGGGAGCCUCCUCUUCCCUCAGCUCCUCCCUGCCCCUCCCGGGACCUCUCCCCCUCCACACCCCUCCCCCACCCCGGAGGCCGGGCUGGACGCGACCCAGAGCCGCCGCCACCCGCUUCUGCCAUUCAAUGGAGGACGGUCUGCUGGAGAUCAUGACCAAGGACGGCGGCGACAUGCCGGCGCCCCUGGAGGUGUCCACCGUGCCGGCCGUGGGGGACGUGAUCUCUGGGGAGUACAACGGCGGCAUGAAGGAACUGAUGGAGCACCUGAAGGCCCAGCUGCAGGCUCUGUUUGAGGACGUGAGAGCCAUGAGGGGGGCCCUGGACGAGCAGGCCUCGCACAUCCAGGUGCUCUCGGACGACGUGUGCGCCAACCAGCGAGCCAUCGUCUCCAUGUGCCAGAUUAUGACCACAGCGCCCCGCCAGGGCGGCUUGGGCGUGGUCGGCAGCAAGGGGAGCUUCCCCGGCGACCCCCAAGAGCCGGAGACCCCUUCGCCUGGGAUCGGGGACAGCGGCUUGCUGGGUCGCGAGCCCGAGGACGAGGAGGAUGACGAAGAACAGAAGGAGACGCCCAGCCCCUCCACACCCACCAGUCACCGUGAGCGCCCCGAGAGCCCUUGUGCUGGUCUCCUUGGGGGGGAAGGGCCACUUGUGGAGCCCCUCGACCUGCCCGACAUUACCCUGCUGCAACUGGAGGGCGAGGCCUCCCUGUGAGGGGACUCCGUGCGGGCACUACCCUCCCGGGCUGGCUUUGGGUUUCCGAGGGCAUGACGCGAGGGGACUGAACGGCGCGGUGCGGCAUGCUUCACUUCGACAGCUGCUCUUGUGGGGCAGGCAGAGAGAGACUCCCUCGAGGAAGGAUUUGUUAAGGUGAAGGACUUUGGGAGCAUUAAGAAUUCUUUCUGUCCAGCCAAGAGAAUCAUAGCAAACUGCGGAAAGGUGAGGUUCCGGGAGAGGAAGCGCCCAUCUCCGGACUCCCAUCCAUCCCCUACCCUGCCUUUUCCCCCUUCCCAGGCAACAGGAGAACCCCUGAAUUGUGUAAAUAAAAUCCUGCUUUUUCUAUUCUGAAAAAGGACUUAUCUAGGACUAUGGCAAAUAAUCUCUAACAAUUUACCUAGAAACUAAGGAAUUGAGGGUAUUCUGUUCUGGCAACAGGAAAUUUACCCUUCUGCUGAAACCCAAGAUAUUCAGUGCUCUGCAGAAGCCUCUCCCCCUCACAGAUCUCUGCGGCUGCUGAUUGGUAAAGGAAGCUUGAGGAGGGAACUGCAGCCCUAGGAAUCUGGGUGAAUGGGGUUCCAAGGGCCCCGGGCUGGGAGGAGCUGGCUAUGAAUGUGCAUGAAGACAUAAUAGCUCAACCUCUAGGAUUUUGCAUGCAGAGCGGAUCCUGCCUUGUCACUGACUUCAUCUGGGAUUGCUUUUCCACUCAUGGGGCUUAGAAAACAAAGAGCCCAGUUCACAGGCAGAGACUCGGGGGUGCUCAGCAACAGCCGAGAUUUAGGGGACAUUUGAGGGACUCUUGGGGCUACAGCCAAAAACUGUCUCUCCUGGCUACACCUGCUUAACUUCAGUUCCUUUUUCUGUCAAUAUGUCCCUGCCACUGCCUCUCGGUGUUGCCUCCAUAAUGUCUUGUGUGUGUUAUGUUUGUCCACUUGUGUAGUAGUGUGUGAGCCCUGAGGGGCAGGGCUGUGGCUCUGGUGUUAGGUUCGGGGGACUUCAGACCCUUCUGUGAGCUCCAAGCUAUCAUGGCGCUUCCCCCUCCCACCUUCCCCAACCAGGGCAUGAAGCAUGUGGCUGUCCUGAGGUUCCUUUACUGAUGUGCUUCCCUCCCACCGCAAGGGGUGACUUUGUGUGCCCUUCCUCCUCCUUUGUGUAUUCCUUCUCAAUGCUUUCCUUGGUGUUAACCCUUAAUAAAAAGGCGUCAUCUCCCCUC